GGAGCGCCGUCUGUCUGGGGUCGGGGGACGGGACCUCGCGGGGCGGAGGCGGGGGCUGUCCCCAGCGUUGGCCUUUCCUCUCUUUUCCCCUCUCUUCCGUGCCCUAACCCGGGCGUCGGGUUUCCCUGCCCGGAGACCAGUGGAGUUGUCUGCAUCCGGGCCCCCGGCUUCCCGGCAGCGGCGGCGGCGGCGCCGAGAGCAGGGGAUGGGGAUCGAGCCUCCCCGCCGCUUUCCCUCCCGCGGCCCCCGAGCCGGCUCCUCCUCGGGACCCGGCGUCAGACCCGUGGGACCCGCUGCCUCGCGGGCUCCACGGACCCGAGCCUGGGGCCCGGGAGGCCUGGCCCGGGGAAGGCCGAGGGCGGGCGGCACGGCUGCUCCGGACCCGGUUGGGGGCAGCGAGGAGGCGACGCGGGUGGGACGGCGGGAGGGCGGAGUGGACACACCGCACGUCCACCGGCCCGAACACCUGGGCAGCAGCUGGAGGUUGCGUUACGCUCCAUUCCGUGGGCCGUGGCCCGCUUGCUCCACCGUCCGCGGUUGCGCCGAUAAGGGAAGCAUUGCGACGUGGGCAUCACUUGAUGAUGGUAUCAGUUUCAGAAAGAAGCGCACUGAUUGCAGGUCUGGGGGCCCCCGCGAGCCCUUCCGGGCGCCUGUGCUCGGAGGCACCGAGGGAGGCCAGGCUCUUGCCCAGGAGAUUCAGAGCAGCCGUUGUCAGUCGAUAGCAAAGCCACAGCCUGGUUGUGGAUAAAUCCCAAUUAAAGGUGUUACCAUUCUUCACCUGUGAUGCAAAGCAAGGGGACACACUGCUUCUGGCGUUACUUUUAAUUUGUGCAAAAGGCACUGGGACAUACGGCUAGAUAGGGUCUUUCUCAGACUUUGGAAAACUUAACAUAAUGGGAACAUUUCAGAAGCAAGUAUAUAGCAUAUGGGCGACUAAUAAUCUGCAGUCAGAAUACUUGACAUAUGAUGAUAUGAUGGUGUAUGUGACGAAGGUACUGUCGCCAGCACCUCAGCCAAACCCUGCCACUCUUUCGGAAAGGACAGGAGCUGGAUUUGCCUUUUGAUGAUGAAAAAUGAGCAGAAUUAUCGAUCCCAUUACAGACCGUGCCGUGAGCUAGCACUCACCUGCUCCAGGAAACAAUUGCAUAGGGGCUAAAUAUUUUUUUUCCCCCCGUAUAAAGUUGAUUUAAAAAAAAACAACAACAACUCUUUAUGUGGCUCCCUUAGCAGUCUAAACUUUUCCUUUCAGAGAAAGAGGUAGAAAACCUAUAAAAACUCCCCAGUCUGUCAAGCCUGCCCUUGGGCUCAAUUGAAAAAGUCCAGCGGAGGAGGGCAGGUAGCCCGUUCGCUGAGAAACGUGAAGCUGAGCGAGACGGCCUGAUGGUGAUGUCCUGGUCAUCCCUGUGGGUCUUGCCUAAUGAAAAGUUAGGAAGGGUUGCCCACUGUGUGGCGUUACAAGCAGUUCGCUGUCGGUAAAGUUCAAGUCCGUCUGGCGGCUUCUGAUGCCGAAGGAGCGCUGACUUGGGACCCUGUUUCCCUCACGGCGGGAGAAGAGAAGCGGAAGGCAUGGCUGCACGCAGCGUGCGUCCCAAUGAUGGUUGAAUCGGAUUGACAGCUGCAGGGGAGCACCCCCCUUUCUGAAUACCAGUCAGAAAAGAGGUGACCGAUACUUGGUAAAGGUUUAGGGAAAAGCGAAGCUUCGGACCUACCCCUCUGCUAGCAGUGUCAGCAAACAACAGUUCACACAAUCUGCAUGUGUUAUUUUCAGAAAACGUGGGGUCCUUCUCCUGAACCUGCUGUUUACAGGAGUGGCAAGCCACGGCGCCACCCGUUUGGACCCUGGCCUUCCCUCAGAAGACUCUUUAGGCUAAUAAGAUAUCCUUGGAGCACUCGGAUAAUGUGACAGUUGGGAUGUAGUGAUGUCGACUCUCUGUCCUCCACCAUCUCCAGCUGUUGCCAAGACAGAGAUUGCUUUAAGUGGCGAAUCACCUUUAUUAGCUGCUACCUUUGCUUACUGGGACAAUAUUCUUGGUCCUAGAGUGAGACAUAUUUGGGCUCCAAAGACAGAACAGGUACUUCUCAGCGAUGGAGAAAUAACUUUUCUUGCCAACCACACCCUAAAUGGAGAAAUCCUCCGAAAUGCAGAGAGUGGGGCUAUAGAUGUAAAGUUUUUUGUCUUGUCUGAAAAGGGAGUAAUCAUUGUUUCAUUAAUCUUCGAUGGAAACUGGAAUGGCGAUAGGAGCACAUACGGACUAUCAAUUAUACUUCCACAGACAGAACUAAGCUUCUACCUCCCGCUUCACAGAGUGUGUGUCGAUAGACUAACACACAUUAUCCGGAAAGGAAGGAUAUGGAUGCAUAAGGAAAGGCAAGAGAUUGUCCAGAAGAUAGUGCUAGAAGGCACAGAGAGAAUGGAAGAUCAGGGUCAGAGUAUUAUUCCAAUGCUUACUGGAGAAGUAAUUCCUGUAAUGGAACUGCUUUCAUCUAUGAAAUCACAUAGUGUUCCUGAAGAAAUAGAUAUUGCUGAAACAGUUCUCAACGAUGAUGACAUUGGUGAUAGUUGUCAUGAAGGCUUUCUUCUCAAUGCCAUUAGCUCACACCUGCAAACCUGUGGCUGUUCUGUUGUAGUAGGUAGCAGUGCAGAGAAAGUAAAUAAGAUAGUAAAAACAUUAUGCCUUUUUCUGACUCCAGCAGAGAGAAAAUGCUCCAGAUUAUGUGAAGCAGAAUCAUCAUUUAAAUAUGAGUCAGGACUCUUUGUCCAAGGCCUGCUAAAGGAUUCCACUGGAAGCUUUGUGCUACCCUUCCGGCAAGUCAUGUAUGCUCCCUACCCCAGCACUCACAUAGACGUGGAUGUCAACACCGUCAAGCAGAUGCCGCCCUGUCACGAGCACAUCUACAAUCAGCGCAGGUACAUGCGAUCAGAGCUGACGGCAUUCUGGAGAGCCACUUCAGAGGAGGACAUGGCUCAGGACACGGUCAUCUACACCGACGAAAGCUUCACUCCCGAUUUGAUUAUGGAAAGUAGCAUUGUGCAGCCAUUUCAACAUUUGGACUAUUUUCUUCACAGGAAUAUUUUUCAAGAUGUCCUACACAGAGACACACUAGUAAAAGCCUUCCUGGAUCAGGUCUUUCAUUUGAAGCCUGGUUUAUCUCUCAGGAGUACUUUCCUUGCACAGUUUCUGCUCGUCCUUCACAGAAAAGCUUUGACGCUAAUAAAAUAUAUAGAAGAUGAUACGCAGAAGGGGAAAAAGCCCUUUAAAUCUCUUCGGAACCUGAAGAUAGACCUUGAUUUAACAGCAGAGGGCGAUCUUAACAUAAUAAUGGCUCUAGCUGAGAAAAUUAAACCAGGCCUGCACUCCUUUAUCUUUGGAAGAUCUUUCUAUACUAGUGUACAAGAGCGAGACGUUCUAAUGACUUUUUAAAUGUGUAACUUACUAAAUAUAUUUCAUCACAAUCAUAAUUGCUGCUAAAGUAGCUCACUUGGUAUGGGACACAUCAGUCCCUGGGGUCAUACUUCAAAGUCCUACUUGGCAAUGGCAGUCAGACUUAGUUACACUACAGUUGUCACAAGAAGUCUGCGAAGGGAUGUCAGGUGCAUCGUUAGCAGUGGAUGGAUCUUUUCCUAGUUGUGCUCUCUUGGGAUACAGACUUAUGUUUACAAUUAUAAAUAUUAUUGCUAUCUUUAAAAAAGAUGAUAAUAGAAUAUAAACUUGACCACAACUACUAUUUUUUGAAACUUAGGAUUCAUGGUUUACAUGUAUCAAAGUGAAAUCUGAGUUAGCUUCCAGAGAUAAAGUACUAGUUGACUUUGCACUUUUUGGUGUUUCUCGGUACAUGGAAUAACUAAUACUGUUGCAGUCAGCUGAAAACUGGAGCUUCUGAAUCAUUUCAGUUCCAUAGACAGGAAGUUAAUUUGAAGCUAGAGUAAGCUUGAGAAAGAAAAUAUUGUUCAAGCAGAUGUUUAACUAAAGUUAAUUAUUAGAUCCUACUUUGUAGAUGUAGUCAUUCAGAGUCAGUGUGUAUAGAAAUGAACACAAUCAGGGUGAUUUUGUUUUGUUGCUAAGCUCUGUCAAAGAAAAUAUAGGAAAUUGGAUUUUAUGUUUUAGUAGUCGUUGCCAACUUUUUAAAUGAAUGUUCAUUAUUUUUGAGCCAAGUGGAAAUGUGUACUUCUGUGCCCUUUUUUUCCUCGGAGACUAUAAUUACUUGGAAGAAGUUUGGAUUUCACUGGUCAGUCAUUGUCAUCUUGUUUUCUUCUUGUAUAGUCUCACCCUGAUGGCAAUCAUUGUAAUUCCGAGACUAUGAAAUGCAAUAGAGAAUAUACUAAUAACUUUUUUCAGGAAUAGAGGUUAGUACCUUGUCUUCUUAUAUUUCUGCACAUAUUUUUUAAGUUGUUGCCGUGUGUCUUUGCCCGCAUCGUCUGAGGAGUAGCAGGAGACACUUCACUGACAUGCUAUUUAACUAGGUGCUACUUUGGCAGAACUGAGUGGUCUGUUUCUUUUUUUUUUCUUAAUGUGUUGGACCAUUUUGCUGGCUACAAAAUAACUGAUUAACGUAAUUCUGUGCUAGAACAGUGUUGACAUAGUAGUAGAAUAUGCAAGCAUAAAAAAUUAUUUAAAGCUGUGGAAGUAACACAAAAGGGAAAAAUAUUUAUAAGAAAGGGAUAAAAGUAAUAGAGCCCCUCUGCCUUUGCCCAAAUUUAAGCAAAAGCAUGUUCUGUUUUGAAAAGUCCUAACGGCCUUUCACAUAACUCAUAAGAAAUACUUUAUGCACAGAACUAGAUGACUGAUGCUGUCAUGAAAAAUGUACACAUACCACCUUGUUGUACCCUGUACUCACUGUUUUUUACAUGAUAAAUUAUUGAAGUGCUGACUGGUUUUCUGUUUUUUUGCUGGUUUAUUGUAUUGUUAUUUAGAAUGCAAGUUGUACAGUGAAAUAAGUUAUUAAGGCAUGUGUAAACAUUGCUACAUAUAUUUUCUCCUAGAAGGAGAAUUUUGAAUAAAAUAUCUUUGACAUUU